UCAGGUCAUGGAAAAACUCCAAAAGAUGCUGCUUCUGUUCGAGCUACGCAUCCUAUACCUGCAGCCUGUGGCAUAUACUAUUUCGAAGUUAAAAUUGUCAGCAAAGGAAGAGAUGGUUACAUGGGAAUUGGGCUUUCAGCACAGGGUGUGAACAUGAACAGACUACCAGGUUGGGAUAAACAUUCAUAUGGUUACCAUGGAGAUGAUGGACAUUCGUUCUGUUCCUCUGGAACUGGACAACCCUACGGGCCAACGUUUACUACGGGUGAUGUCAUUGGCUGUUGUGUCAACCUUAUCAAUAAUACCUGCUUCUACACAAAGAAUGGACACAGCUUGGGCAUCGCUUUCACAGAUUUACCGCCAAACUUGUACCCUACAGUAGGGCUUCAAACACCAGGAGAGGUUGUGGAUGCUAAUUUUGGACAACACCCGUUUGUAUUUGAUAUUGAAGACUAUAUGCGAGAAUGGAGAACGAAAAUUCAAGCACAGAUUGACAGAUUUCCGAUAGGAGAUCGGGAAGGAGAGUGGCAAACAAUGAUUCAGAAAAUGGUAUCAUCUUACUUAGUUCACCAUGGAUACUGUGCAACAGCAGAGGCAUUCGCCAGAUCCACAGACCAGACUGUGCUAGAAGAAUUAGCUUCCAUUAAAAAUAGACAAAGAAUUCAGAAAUUGGUUUUAGCAGGAAGAAUGGGAGAAGCCAUUGAAACAACACAACAGUUGUAUCCAAGUUUACUAGAAAGAAAUCCUAAUCUCUUAUUUGCAUUAAAGGUGCGCCAGUUUAUAGAGAUGGUGAAUGGUACAGACAGUGAAGUGCGGUGUUUGGGAGGCCACAGUCCAAAAUCUCAGGAUAGUUACCCUGUUAGCCCACGAUCAUUCAGUAGUCCUAGCAUGAGUCCCAGCCAUGGAAUGAAUAUCCACAAUUUGGCAACAGGCAAAGGGAGCAGCACACACUUUUCCGGGUUUGAAAGUAGUUGCAGUAAUGGAGUAAUAUCAAAUAAAGCGCAUCAAUCGUACUGUCACAGUAAACACACGACUACCAGCUUGAAUGUACCAGAGCUCAACAACAUAAAUGUAUCAAGAUCACAGCAGGUUAACAGCUAUUCCAGCAACGAUGUAGACAUGGAAACAGAUCACUACUCCAAUGGGGUUGCUGAGACUUCAUCCAAUGGCUUCCUAAAUGGUAGUUCUAAACAUGAUCACGAAAUGGAAGAAUGUGACACAGAAAUGGAAGUAGAUUCAAGUCAGUUAAGACGUCAGCUAUGUGGUGGCAGCCAAGCGGCUAUCGAAAGAAUGAUCCAUUUUGGAAGAGAAUUGCAAGCAAUGAGUGAGCAACUAAGAAGAGAAUGUGGCAAAAACACAGCGAAUAAGAAAAUGCUCAAGGAUGCAUUCAGUUUACUUGCCUAUUCGGAUCCCUGGAGCAGCCCUGUUGGAAAUCAGCUUGACCCGAUACAAAGAGAACCCGUGUGCUCUGUACUUAAUAGUGCAAUACUAGAGACUCACAAUCUGCCAAAGCAACCGCCGCUUGCCCUAGCAAUGGGACAGGCGUCACAGUGUCUAGGCUUGAUGGCUCGAUCAGGAAUCGGAUCCUGCGCGUUCGCCACGGUGGAAGACUACCUACACUAGCUAUGCAUUUGGAGAUCUGAAAGGUGUUGUGGCGUAUUCAACACGGAAAGUAGACCAGCUCUGCUGACUGGAAUUUGGAAUUUUAAUUACGUACUAAGGACAAGUCUGUCGCUUUAUGUUGCUUCCUAGUUUACAGCAUGAUGCAAAUGAUUUCUAACUUAGUGUUAGGAGAAAAUUUCCAUCUUUAAACCUCUUAGACAACUAAGAGUUGAAAAUAUCACUGAUAACGUCAGACAUCCAAAUUGACAAGUACCAAUCCUUUAAACGAUUGUCCAAAACAAACCAAAAAUCCCGCUACCUUGUGGCGGGACGGGAGAACAGAAAACAUGGCUGUAUUAGCAUGUGGGUGAUGUAAGCGUCAAGCAGAAUGACUUGCCAACCUCCACCCCCGUUGUUACAUAGUUCAAUCAGUGUAAUUUGCGAAAUGCAUAAACACCUGAUGGUUUGGAUAUAUAGUGUUGAUGGGAAGAAAUGAUAUUUUUUAAUGUGUACUGUAAAACUUGAAUUACUCAGGAGCUGAGUGAAUAUGUUCGUUGCUACUUACAAUCCCAACCUGUUGAUCUUAGUAGGUUUUUUUGUUUUAACAUGGUCUUUUCAACUUUGUUUCCUUGUUUAACUACGGACAGCUUCUGUUGUGUAGACUCACCAGUUUAACUGUUGUAUUAUAACAGUAUUACAUGUCAACACAGUGUGGUUAUGACCUAUUUAUAUAAAAACCAAAUAUUUAGUCAAUUUACAGUCUUAAUUUAAUCUUUGUACACCUUGCAUUUUUAAAAGUGCUUAAAUAGUACUAUAUUGCAAUAAAAUGUAGUGAUAUCAUAA